CGCGUUUUAUCAUUUUCCGUUGUUUCUCGUCUCCUUCAAGAUCUCUCUCUGCAGAACAGAAACCCUAAAUCUCACCGGAAAACGAUAACGCCGAGCCGGAGAUUUCCAUUUCUUCUUCAACAAUGUCUUCUUCCUCUUCAUCGAAGAACCUAUCUCAGGAGAAUCCGAUUCCUCGUCCGAACUUAGCCAAGACUCGAACCUCACUCCGCGAUGUUGGAAACCGUCGUGUUCCCCUUGGCGACAUCACAAAUCAGAAGACUGGAUCAAGAAAUUCUUCUUCGUCGUCUACUCUGGUUCAUUGUUCGAAUAAGAUCUCCCAAUCGAAGAAAGCAUCAAAGCCUGCUUUAUCUCGUAAUUGGAAUUUGGGAAUUCUCGAUUGCGGUUUACCUCCCAAGUCAAAUGCGAAUUCAAACAUAAUCGUUCCUUACGAAGACACCGAAUUGCCUCAAAUCGAUGAUAGUCUUCUAUCUUCAUCACCUGGAUUAUCUGUUGAUGCCUCUCCUACUCACUCAGACCCGUCAAUUUCCACUCAUGACUCUCUCAAGAGCCACAUUGUAGAACACAUGGUCGAGAGCAGUACUGAUGAUGGAAAUGAUGAUGAUGAGAUUGUUAACAUUGAUAGUGACUUGAUGGAUCCACAGCUUUGUGCUUCCUUUGCUUUUGAUAUCUACGAGCAUUUGCGUGCAUCUGAGGUAAAGAAAAGACCGGCCCUAGAUUACAUGGAAAGAAUUCAGUUAAACAUCAACGCUAGCAUGCGUUCUAUACUCAUUGACUGGCUCGUGGAGGUUGCUGAAGAGUAUAGGCUUUCGCCCGAGACGUUGUAUUUGGCAGUGAACUAUGUAGAUCGGUAUCUUACGGGCAAUGCAAUUAACAAGCAAAAUCUGCAGUUACUUGGUGUUGCCUGCAUGAUGAUAGCAGCAAAAUAUGAAGAAGUGUGUGUGCCACAAGUAGAGGAUUUCUGUUACAUCACUGAUAACACAUACUUAAGAAACGAGCUUUUGGAGAUGGAGUCUUCUGUUCUGAACUACUUGAAGUUCGAAUUAACAACUCCGACAGCAAAAUGUUUCUUGAGGCGCUUUCUUCGUGCUGCUCAAGGCAGAAAGGAGGUACCAUCACUGCUGUCUGAGUGUCUGGCCUGCUAUCUCACCGAAUUAUCGCUGUUAGAUUACGCUAUGCUUCGAUACGCUCCAUCACUUGUUGCAGCCUCUGCAGUUUUCUUGGCACAAUACAUACUACACCCUUCAAGAAAACCAUGGAACGCUACGCUAGAGCAUUACACAUCGUACAGGGCUAAACAUAUGGAAGCAUGCGUUAAGAAUCUUCUUCAGCUGUGUAAUGAGAAACCCUCAUCUGACGUGGUUGCAAUCAGAAAGAAGUACAGUCAACACAAAUACAAGUUUGCAGCAAAGAAGCUUUGCCCCACAUCACUACCGCAAGAGCUCUUCCUCUGCUAGUGUUUCUUUUUCUUUUCCCUCUUUUCUUGUAGAUAUUGUUGAUAAAAACUCAUCAACCGGGUCAGGCAAAUAUAUUCAGUUCGAUAGAGAUUUGUAGAUGAAAAUACCACUUAUCAAUACAAAGGGCUGUUUCGUUACAAGUAUAUAUGUGAACCGAGUUCUGAGCUA